AUGUCAUCGACAGGCCGACCGAGCUCCAAAAAUGGCUCAAGUGAACUUCCAGGCAGAUUAGAGCCAUCUUCCACCCCAGAGCUCGAUAUCAAGAAGCUCCAAUCCCUCCCAUCAGAGCAACAAGAUUUAUACCUCCUUAACUUCGUCUCGACGCUCACAAAACAUGUGGAAAGCCUGGAGCCAGACGACUGUACGGCGCAGCAGCUUUACCUCAAGAAAGAGCUCUUCCAAAUACUCAAUCUCGCAGCUCCCCCUCCUACCAGAGUGAUUCGAAAUAAUUUGGGACGAUGUUUCGCACAUGUACUAGGCAAGGGGGACAGGAAGCUGCUUUUCGAAACAGUAAAUGAUCUGGUCGGAAUAAUCAGUAAUGGAAAGACGAAGACGGAUGGGGAUUUCAGAACGAAGCAUGCAGCUGUUUACUGUUUAGGAGAUGUCUUCGCAGCCGCUGGAGACAGCGCAAUUGGAUUACAUUCUUUAGCAUGCAGUGCGUUGCUGAAGCUCUUAAAGUCCGCGCAAAACAAUGCGGGCCUACGAGCCGCGAUAUUCAAGGCUUUGAGUAAGAUUGUGGGAAUGGUUUCGACAGGCAUGGACGACACAAUCGCGAAGGAUAUAUGGAAACAAGCCAGGAGUUAUGCUUCAACUGAAAAGUCGGCAUUGGUACAGAUCGCGGCUUGUAGAUGCUUAAGAAGUCUGUAUUCGCCGAGCGCAUUGGUUCGACAGGCUGCCGCAGAGUGUUUCGCAGAGGCAUUGGUGAAAAGCCAUUCGGAGGAGGCUCCGCGAGAUAAUGAUAUACCUAUGAUCAAGAAGAUCAAAAGGACGAAUACCACCAAACGUUCAUCCGUAAUAGCUGGCCAGGGGCUUGAUGAUGAUGAAAUGCCCUCGAGGCCCGGAACUCCCACGGGCAACAAGAAGAGCCAAGUACUCGUUCUUACACUUCAAGAGAUUUUGAAAGUCUUGUCAAAUCAGUAUAUCAAAAUAUCUACAACUAAUAGAGCUCGCGCUGGCAUAGCUGUUUGCUACAAUCGGAUAUUCAAAAGCAUGAGCGAGAGAACUGUCGAAACGAUGUAUAUGCAGAUUGUGGAUCAUUUUACUGUGGAGCUUUUGAGCCAUGCAAACAUUACUUGUAACAGAUAUCGUUUGUUGAGUACACGGAAAUUUGUGCAAAUCAUCCUAGAAGAUGUGGUCGGCCACUCCAUACUUGGUGAAUCUGGGCAAUUGGACGCUGCAAAGGCCUUGGUCAAUGAUAUCCUGAAAAAUUACCCGCAGGUGAUCAAAGAAAGAGCUGAGCCUUCUAAACAUACACUUAUUGCCACACUCAGCGCAUUGGCAUCGUUAAUUAAAACCUUGGGAUCUGCCGCGAAUGUGAUUGCAGAAGGUUGUAGGGAUGGACUAUUACAAGUUCUUCAACAUCCAAGUUAUACGGUUCAAAUCUAUACCUCAUAUUGUUUACGAACUUUCACAUUGGCCUGUCCACAGCAACUACUACCAUGCCUCACAAUAUGCAUGAACAGUGUCAAUCGAGAAUUGAACUUGUUGAAUACUGGAAGAAACUCGCCAAGGCGAUGUGUGGGAUACGCUAAUGGAUUGUCUGCGAUGAUUAGCACAGCAAACUUACAGCCGCUUUACGGCUCAGUGGACGUCAACAGUCGCGUGCUUUCUCUCGCAACUAAUCUUCUUAAAUCCAGUAGCAAGUCGGAGCUGCGUGUCUCAAGUACUCAGAUACAAGUAGCAUGGAUACUUAUUGGCGGGCUGAUGUCCUUGGGGCCGAAUUUUGUGAAGAUCCAUCUCUCCCAACUACUUUUACUAUGGAAAAAUGCGUUACCAAAGCCUCUUGCUAAGGACAAUACUUCCCAACGAAGCUUCCUCGAAUCUUCCUUCCUCACUCAUGUUAGAGAGUGUGCACUUGGCUCUAUUUUAUCAUUUUUGCAGUUCAAUAGCCGUCUCCUGACGGCAGAUGUGUCAAAACGAAUUGCUGCCAUGCUUACGAACACUUCAGCAUUCUUGAAAAGUCUCCCAUCCAAAAAAUUGUCGGAUGAUGUUACACAAAGAUUGACUCCAUCAUUGCAAUUGCAAGAUCUGGACUUGAUGGUUCAGCGUCGUGUUCUUCAAUGCUAUGCAAGGCUAGUUACACUUAGUCCAGUCGGUGGAAGUGAGGCACUGUUACAAUCUAAUCUUCUCACACUCGCGGUAUCAUUCUUCGCCGAUCCUGAAAACUAUAGUCCAAGUUCUUUAUCCUCAUCAAUUGCGAGCUCGGCUGGCAACUUCGAAACAGUGUGGGAUGUUGGGGAUAAUUCUGGGUUUGGUGUCACAGGACUCGUUCGAGGCUUCAAUGUGCAAAAGUUGGCUUCUGAACAAGAAAAUGGGUCUCGAGAUGACUGGAUAAAAGAAACGGGAUCAGAUAUUGAUAUAUCAAAUGUAUUGCUAUCGCCAAUUUGCAGUUCGCUUGAGCACGACUCCAUUUCGCUGUACUUAGGUGAUAUUGAAAAGGAUAAUAGUUUACCAGACCCACCCGCUACAGAGGUCAUCAAUAUAGCCAUUAGGCUAUUCGCAAUUGCUUUUCCGAUAACUCCUCCGAAAAUCCAAGAAAGUAUAUUAGAACAAAUUGCCACGUUCUUAUCCACAGGCGCGCUUCAACGAGAUCCUGGAAGGAAGGCUGCCAUUAAUGUCAACAUUGCGACCGCAUUAUUUUGCGCACUGAAGGUGGCCGUGAAAGAGACAUCAUCUCCUCCCGGCGAUCUCACCAAUUCUGCUGUGGAGAAGCUCAUGCAAGAAAUCCUGCGGUCAUUCGUCAUUCAUCAAGAUCAAUAUGUACGGAACAUUGGUUACGAAUCCCUAGCUCGACUUUGUAAUAUCUCUGGUAAUGCAUACACCAACCAGGAAAUCAAAUACCUUAUUGAUACCAUUGUGAGCAACCGCGAGCCGAGUGCAAGAGCUGGUUGUGCAAUGGCAUUAGGGUGCAUUCAUUCCCAGGUUGGAGGAAUGGCAGCAGGCUUUCAUUUGAAGACUAUAUUAGGGAUACUUAUGUCCUUGUGCAACGAUCCGCAUCCGACUGUUCAUAUUUGGGCCCUUGAGUCCCUAUCACGUGUCGCAGAUUCAGCUGGUUUGACAUUCUCGGGAUAUGUGUCCAGUACACUCGGCAUGCUAUGCCAAUUGUAUGUUUCAGACACACAUAAUGAAGAAAUUUCUUCUUUGGCCACUUCGAAUCUAGAGUUAGAAUUGUCUACAACUGCGGUCAUUGCGCGUUGUAUAGAUUCUUUGGUCAAUGUUCUUGGCCCUGAUCUUCAGGAUAUGACUAAAGCACGGGAUUUAAUACUUACAAUGGUAGGACAAUUUGGCGCAGAAGAAAACAUUCUAGUCCUUGCAGGAAGCUUGAAAUGCCAGGAGCAUCUGGCCCUUUAUGCUCCAGGUCAUAUGGAAUUCGUAGAUUAUGUUAUUCUUCUCCAAAAAGAUCUCAAGUCGGACGUAUCAUUACUUAGAGAUAUUGCGAUUGAUGGUCUGUACAAUCUCAUGAAACGCAACUCGGAAGAUGUUGUCAAAGCAGCUGAGACUGGAUUUGAAGAUCAGUUAUGGCUGGCUUUGGAUUCGGAUCCUGCACACGAUGGUAUCAGAAACGUUAUUCGAAAUUGGUUACAACAAUCAUGUUUAACUGAAACGCCACGAUGGCUGCAAAGAUGCCAAACCGUCCUGUCGAUGACAAGGCCCAAGGUAGAAGAUUCAACGGCCAUAACUUCAAAAUUCAUGACUGAUCUUGAGCAGCAAUCUGAAGACAGUCGGAAAUCCAUCUGCAUCAUAUAG